AGGCGAUGUAUUUACUAUGCAAAUUAUACCACCAAGAGGAUGAAACGCGACAUAGUUACGAAACAUACAUUUCGUCUUUAAUCACAUUAAACUCAAUCAGAAUAACACCGGAAAAAUGUAUUUAAAAGUCUUGUAAGCAUUGUACAAAUUUUAAGUAAUAAUGUAUUCCAAUUUAUCUGGUUCAUGUUUCUCUAAAUUGAAAAUAUUGAACGUCGUUCUAAAGCACGUAAAUGCGCUGAUAUAAAUAUCUUACGUUCAUAGAAAUAAAUAAAGCCCAACAUGUUUACGUGCAGUGUUUCCUAAAAUCAAUUCAUAUGCUAUCGGAAUAACGAUAACUGUCCAAAGGGUGUGAGAUAAAGAGCUAACUCGUUGCAGAAGAAAACACUCGUGUGAAAUCAUCGACGUUCAAUCUCACUGGUCUUUUCAUGGUCGCUUGAUUAUCGAUCGCCGCAUCCGUAUUAUUUGCGACCGCGGCGAGCAACUUUAUCGAAUUAUGUCUACUACUAAAGGACCAGUGUGGAAAAUAGACACUGGAAUCACGUUGGCAUGCGUCCUAGGAUUUGCCGCAUCUUACUAUGCCUACGUUUUGGGAAUCGCUAAAGAGGAGGAUAAUUCGUACGAAGCGAUGUGUGACAUUAGCGAACGCGUUAGUUGCACGAAAGCAUUUCUGUCCGAAUACGGGAAAGGAUUCGGAAUAAUUCCGGAGUCAUCUCCUUUAUAUAUGUUAAACUCCGUAUACGGAUUAAUAUUUUAUACUUUGGUCGGGGCACUGAGUACGAUUAAUAAAUAUUCCACUUCGGCUAUCGUCGUAGCAUUAGCAGUUGCUUCGAACCUCGCAACGAUUUACCUGGCUUACAUUUUGUACAUGCAAAAUAACAUUUGCGUAAUCUGUGUUAGUCUUUACAUAAUAAACGCUAUUAUUUUAAUACUCGCCGUCAAGAAGCAUCGGAAACUAUCUCGAAAUGGCACGAAUAAGAAUAAAAACAAGAAGAAGAAGUCAAAUUAAAUAUUGAUUUUUACGAAACAGAAAAUUUGCUCGUGUCAAUUGUGAAGAAGAACCCUUAGAAAUCUACCAUUUAUUGUUUUUAUAUAGUUUACUUACGAUCUACAAUGCUCCAUUUAGGAAUACUUUACACAUUUUAUCCACGACGUUUGUAUGCACUAUUUUGAUAUAUCUCUUGUUGAAAUAAAUGCUAUAAAUGCAAACAAAUCUUGGUUUACGUGCAACAAUUCAACGUAACAUUUAAUAAAACAUUGUUAACAACUAA